AUGCGGGCGGCUGCGCUCCUCCUCACUUGUGCUCUGACCUCACCCUGCCAGGCGGCAUCAUCAGCACUCCAGGACAGGAUCCCCGACCGAGACCAUGGAGCCCAACAACAACAACAAGUCCUCGGCACCAGCGGCCACACCAACCGCCAGGCCCGCGGCUUCGUCGCCCUCGGGGACAGCUACAGCGCCGGGAUAGGCACCGGCACAGACGACAGGGAGAUGCCCUCGGAGGGCGACUGCCGGCACGGCGUGCACGCCUACCCGCAGCUGAUCCACCGGGACCUCAACAACGCCACGGGCCGCAACACCACCUUCCAGUGGCUCUCGUGCACAGGGGCCGUCACGACCGACAUACUGUCCGGCGGCGGCGGGGGCCACCCCACAGCGCAGCAGCAGCGGGAGAAGACGCCGGCGCCGGGCCAGGUGGACCUCCUCGAUGCCUCGCUCCCCCUCGACUUCGCGACCCUGUCGGUCGGCGGGAACGACCUGGGUUUCUUUGAUGUGAUGAACGCUUGCAUCUUCCGGUUCUACUCCUUCUACAGCGGGACCUGCGAGCGGGCCCUCGAGGCGGCCGACGCCGCCGUGCGCAGCAGCCUGUUCGAGCAGCGGCUGGCCGUCAUCCUGCGCGAGGUGCUCGACGCCGCGGCGUGGGAGACAAGGCCGCGCUUCAGCGUGACGGUGACGGGGUACGCGCGCUUCUUCGACGCCGACACGCCGGGUUGCGACGACAUGUCCCUGGGCGUGUGGUACGGCGGGCCGCGGCUGUCGCGCGACAUCCGGGGGCGGAUGAACGCGCUGGUCGAGGCCGCCAACGACAAGCUGCGGCGGACGGUGGAGGAGGCGGCGGCGCGCUUCCGCGGCCCGCGGCCCAGGGUCCUGUUUGUCGACUACGAUGACCUCUUCGCGGGCCACCGGUUCUGCGAGGACGGCGUGCUGGAGCCGGCGUAUAACCGGACGGACAGCUGGUUCUUCCUCGUCGGGGGCCCGGACAACGCGCGGAACGAGACGACGUGGCCGAACGGGACGAACGGUGACCCCGGCUCGGCGGGGUAUUCGAGGGGGGAGAAGAUCCUGUCGCCGCUGUCGCCGCUGGUCGAUCCUCACACCUGCCUGCCACGAGCCCAGGGGCGAGGUGACUGGGGUGAGCUGGCGUUGUGCUACAUGGCCAUGGCGAAGCAUCGCGAUCCUUCACUCCGGUCGGCAUACGACGGCAUCAUGCCGCAGAAUAGGAUGUGGUGGGUGCCGACUUACUACGGCAAGACGUUCCACCCGCGGACGCUCGGCCACGAAGCCAUCAGGGACAGGAUAUACCAGGUGUGGGGGCAGUACGGGCUGUGA